GGGCUUGGCAAAAUAUAUAUAUAUUUAUAUAUAUAUGUAUGUUAGUAGCAUUACUCGUCUGGACGCUGCCUUUGUCUUCUGCUGGAUUUUCAUUUCGACAAAAAAUUUCUAUAACAGUCACCAGUCGGAGUUUACACGGACAAUAAUCCAAGAUGGAGGACGACAACUCUGUUGACUUGAACGCUGUCAGCCAACACCCUGAGGUCGGUGUAAUAAAAGUUGGACCCUUUCCGGACGACGAUUACGUGAAGUUGAUUGCACUGCAUUUGCUCCACAAAGACAUGUGCCCAAGCAGAUUUAUUUGGCCAACUUUGCCGGACCACUUGAAGGACUCUGCAGAACUAAAAAGACUGUUUAGGAUUGGUCUAGCGUCGUGGAAAAAACAGUAUGACAACGCCAUGACGUUAAUCGAUUUUGACUGGUCCGAUCAGUCGAAACCUUUUAUGGGGCUUUUAAGAGAAUGCUUGAAAAAAGAAGCGUUGGAAACUAUCGCCGAUAGCUAUGCGGUCAUCUCAAUAGACUUGUUUCAAAAAUGCGUGGGAUUGGACAGAGAAGAAGCCAUACUAACUGCACAACAACUGGGUUGGUCGAUUGACGGACAUUUUAUCCACCCCAUAAAACCUACAAAUAAACCGCCGCCAUCCAAUGCAUUCCUCCUCGAAUCAAUGGCUGGUUUGAAUGUGAAUUCGUCACGCCAAAAAAAAUAAUUCCCUUUUUAAAUGUUCAACCGAUAGUAUAAAAUA